GGGUGUCUCCAGUGGCCCCCAGCGGGUGACCCCCUGCAGGGGCAUGGGGCGUCCGGGGGGUCGCCAGGAGUGGCCCCUGGAUGUUCAAGGGGCUCCGGAAAGCGGGGACUCACUUGGGGAGCCCUUCUCUUAGGACACCCGAGGGCGUGCUCCCCUCUCCUGGAAGCAAAGUGUCCACCUUCCCCGGGGGACGGUCUUGGCGUUGCCCUCAUCUCCCCAUCAGGGUAGAGGGCCCCGUUUGCCCCCAGCCCAGUCGCAUUUUUGUCUGCUCCCCGGGAAGAAGGGACUUCGAGAGGAAAACAGCUCUUCCUCUUCAGCCUGGAAAGUGGAAGAGGGACCCUUCUGCUAUCAGAGCGGCCGAGCACUUAGGCGAAAUGGGGAGGAUCGCAGCCAAAAUUGGAGGCGACGCUGCUACCACAGUGAAUAACAGCACUCCUGAUUUUGGUUUUGGGGGCCAAAAGAGGCAGUUAGAAGAUGGAGACCAACCGGAGAGCAAGAAACUGGCUUCCCAGGGAGACUCCAUCAGUUCUCAACUUGGACCCAUCCAUCCUCCCCCCAGGACUUCAAUGACAGAAGAGUACAGGGUCCCAGAUGGCAUGGUGGGACUAAUCAUUGGCAGAGGAGGUGAACAGAUUAACAAAAUCCAGCAGGAUUCAGGCUGCAAAGUCCAGAUCUCUCCAGACAGCGGUGGCCUACCAGAGCGCAGCGUAUCCUUGACAGGAGCCCCGGAGUCUGUCCAGAAAGCAAAGAUGAUGCUGGAUGACAUCGUCUCUCGGGGUCGUGGGGGCCCCCCAGGACAGUUCCACGACAAUGCCAACGGGGGCCAGAACGGCACUGUACAGGAGAUCAUGAUCCCCGCAGGGAAGGCUGGCCUGGUCAUCGGCAAAGGUGGCGAGACCAUUAAGCAGCUGCAGGAACGAGCUGGAGUGAAGAUGAUUUUAAUUCAAGAUGGCUCCCAGAACACGAACGUGGACAAGCCUCUUCGCAUCAUUGGGGAUCCUUACAAAGUGCAGCAAGCCUGCGAGAUGGUGAUGGACAUCCUCCGGGAGCGUGACCAGGGUGGCUUUGGGGACCGGAACGAGUAUGGAUCCCGGAUUGGCGGGGGCAUUGACGUGCCGGUGCCCAGGCAUUCUGUCGGGGUGGUUAUUGGCCGGAGCGGAGAGAUGAUCAAGAAGAUCCAGAAUGAUGCUGGUGUGCGGAUACAGUUUAAGCAAGAUGAUGGGACAGGUCCCGAGAAGAUAGCUCACAUAAUGGGGCCCCCAGACCGGUGUGAGCACGCAGCACGGAUCAUCAAUGAUCUCCUCCAGAGCCUCAGGAGUGGACCCCCAGGCCCUCCAGGGGGUCCUGGCAUGCCCCCGGGGGGCCGGGGGCGAGGAAGGGGCCAAGGCAACUGGGGCCCCCCUGGUGGAGAGAUGACCUUCUCCAUCCCCACUCACAAGUGUGGGCUGGUCAUCGGCCGAGGUGGCGAAAAUGUGAAAGCCAUAAACCAGCAGACAGGCGCCUUUGUGGAGAUCUCCCGGCAGCUGCCGCCCAACGGGGACCCCAAUUUCAAAUUGUUCAUCAUCCGGGGCUCACCCCAACAGAUUGACCACGCCAAGCAGCUCAUUGAGGAAAAGAUUGAGGGCCCCCUCUGCCCAGUUGGACCAGGCCCAGGGGGACCAGGCCCUGCUGGCCCCAUGGGGCCCUUCAACCCCGGGCCUUUCAACCAGGGGCCACCUGGGGCUCCCCCGCAUGCGGGGGGGCCGCCUCCUCACCAGUACCCACCCCAGGGCUGGGGCAAUACCUACCCCCAGUGGCAGCCACCUGCUCCUCACGACCCAAAUAAAGCUGCAGCCGCCGCAGACCCCAAUGCCGCCUGGGCCGCCUACUACUCACACUACUACCAGCAGCCCCCAGGCCCCGUGCCCGGCCCUGCGCCAGCCCCCGCGGCCCCACCUGCCCAGGGCGAGCCCCCUCAGCCCCCACCCGCCGGCCAGUCGGACUACACUAAGGCCUGGGAAGAGUAUUACAAGAAGAUCGGCCAGCAGCCCCAGCAGCCCGGAGCACCGCCACAACAGGACUACACGAAGGCCUGGGAGGAGUACUACAAGAAGCAGGCUCAAGUGGCCACCGGAGGGGGUCCGGGAGCGCCCCCAGGCUCCCAGCCAGACUACAGUGCCGCCUGGGCUGAAUAUUACAGACAGCAGGCCGCUUACUACGGACAGACUCCAGGUCCCGGCGGCCCCCAGCCUCCACCCACACAGCAGGGACAGCAGCAGGCUCAAUGAAUCGAAUGAAUGUGAACUUCUUCAUCUGUGAAAAUCUUUUAUUAUUUUUUUUCCAUUUUGUUCUGUUUGGGGGCUUUUUUGUGUUCUUUUUUUUUUUUUUUUUUUUUUCCCUCGUUUGUUUGGCGAGAGAGCGAUGGCUGCCGUGGGGGGUGCUGGGGGCGCCCUCGCUGUGAGUGGCUUGGAGGUCAUGCCCUGGGCGAUGCUGGGCUCUCACUCUCUCGCUCAUUCUGUGUGUCUCAUGCUUUUUUUCUUUCAAAAUUGGGAUCUUUCAUGUUGAGCCAGCCAUAGAAGAUAGAAUUAAAUCUCUGCCAAAAAAAAAAAAAAUUUAAAUAUAAAAAACACAAAAAGCAAACAAAACCUAUAAAAUUAUAUAUAUAUAUAUAAAAAUCUCUAUCCCUUCCUGAAACUGCCUCUUUCAGGGGAAAGCAAUUCAUUUUCUUCCUACCACCCUUGGCCCUCUUCGUGUUUUUAAAAUAAACUUUUAAAAAGGAAAAAAAGUCACUCUUGCUAUUUCUUUUUUUUAGUUAGAGUUGGAACAUUCCUUGGACCAGGUGUUGCUAUUUCAGGACCCCCCCUUCUCCCCCCUCAGUCGAGCCCCUCGGCCUCUGCUCCUCCUCUUUCCUCCCCCCCCGCUCGGCUCCCCCGCAGCCCCCCCCCCCCCCCCCCCCCCCCCCCCCCCCCCCCCCCUCCCGGGACUGGUCUUGUGUUUCAACUGUUCAAGAGGACAUUGAAACUGAAAACAAAUUGAGAACAAAACAAAAAAUUGUAUGGCAGUUUUUACUUUUUAUCGCUCGUUUUUAACUUCACAAAUAAAUGAUAACAAAACCUC